AUGGUGGUGGGGAGCUUCUGCGCUCUCGUUCACGGAGCAGCGUCACCUCUCAUGCUGCUGGUUUAUGGCAUGAUGACAAACACGUUUGUGGCUUAUGAGCUGGAGGUCCAAGAACUGAAAGACCCAAACAAGACGUGCAUGAACAGCACUAUCUACUGGAUAAAUGGGGUGGAUAUUGAAGCACAGAUGACCAUGUUUGCAUAUUACUAUAUUGGGAUUGGAUUAGGAGUCCUGGUUGUUAGUUAUUUUCAGAUUUUCCUCUGGGUGUCAGCAGCUGCCAGGCAAGUUCAGAGGAUAAGAAAGACUUACUUCAGAAAAGUGAUGCGGAUGGAGAUCGGCUGGUUCGACUGUAACUCUGUUGGUGAACUGAACACGAGGAUAUCAGACGACAUCAACAAGAUCAACAACGCCAUUGCUGACCAGGUGUCUAUCUUCAUCGAGAGGAUCUCCACGUUUGUGUUUGGCUUCAUGGUCGGGUUCAUCGGAGGGUGGAAGCUGACUCUGGUGGUCAUAGCUGUGAGCCCUCUGAUUGGUGUAGCUGCUGGACUGAUGGCCAUGGCCGUCGCCAGGCUGACAGGACGAGAGCUGAAGGCGUACGCAAAAGCGGGAGCGGUGGCUGAUGAAGUUUUAUCGUCCAUCAGAACUGUAGCAGCAUUUGGCGGGGAGGAAAAAGAAACUGAAAGAUAUGACAAAAACCUCAUAGAAGCUCAGAACUGGGGCGUGAAAAAGGGUGCAAUAAUAGGCAUCUUUCAAGGAUACCUGUGGUGCAUCAUUUUCCUUUGUUUUGCUUUGGCCUUUUGGUAUGGAUCUAAACUGGUCAUUGACACCAAGGAGCUUUCUCCUGGUACUCUCAUUCAGGUGUUCUUUGGAGUACUCAUGGCAGCGAUGAACCUGGGCCAAGCUUCACCCUGUCUGGAGGCCUUUGCUUCUGGUCGUGCUGCAGCAAAGACCAUCUUUGACACAAUUGACCGGGAGCCAGAAAUCGAUUGUUUCUCAGAUAAAGGCCACAGAUUAGAGAAGGUAAAAGGUGACAUUGAAUUUCAUAACAUCUCUUUCUUCUACCCAUCACGGCCUGAAGUCAAGAUUUUAGACAACCUGAGCAUGCAGAUCAAGGCAGGAGAAACCACAGCUUUUGUUGGACCAAGUGGAUCUGGAAAGAGCACCACUGUCCAACUCAUCCAGAGAUUUUAUGACCCAAAGGAAGGCAUGGUGACUUUAGAUGGCCAUGACAUACGUACUCUAAACAUCCAGUGGCUCAGAUCUCUCAUUGGUAUAGUCGAGCAGGAGCCGGUGCUGUUUGCCACAACGAUUGCAGAAAACAUCCGGUUUGGUCGACCUGGAGUCAACAUUGAGGACAUCAUUGAGGCGACAAAACAGGCUAAUGCUUACAAUUUCAUUAUGGAUCUACCACAGAAAUUUGAUACCCUGGUGGGAGAAGGUGGAGGACAGAUGAGUGGAGGACAGAAGCAGAGGAUUGCAAUCGCUAGAGCUCUGAUACGCAACCCAAAGAUCCUGCUGCUGGAUAUGGCCACUUCUGCUUUAGACAAUGAGAGUGAGGCUGUAGUCCAGGAAGCCUUGGAUAAGGUGCGGACGGGCAGGACGACUAUCUCUAUAGCUCACCGUCUUUCCACUAUCAGGAAUGCAGAUGUGAUCAUCGGUUUUGAUCAUGGACAGGCUGUGGAGAAGGGAACGCACAGUGAGCUGUUAGAAAGGCAAGGAGUCUACUUCACCCUGGUCACCCUGCAGAACCAAGACACGUCUAAAACAGACAAUGAUGAAAUCAGUGAAGCUCUUGAAGACUUCAGCGUCAAAGCAAGGAGUGGAAGCCUCAGAGCCAGCAAGAGGAGCAUUACUCGACUGAGAUCUCAGAGCACUUUAUCAUCAGGCAGCCUCAAGAUCCUCCCAGACAUGAUGAUGACACCAGGAUCACAGACAUAUGAGGAAGGUGCAGAAGAGGAACAGGAGGAGUCAGCCCCAGUUGCUCGUAUCCUCAAAUACAACCAGCCUGAAUGGCCCUACAUGCUGCUGGGCUCACUGGGAGCAGCUGUGAAUGGCUCUGUUAACCCUAUCUAUGCUGUCCUGUUCAGUCAAAUUCUCGGGACGUUUGCAAUUCGUGACUUGGAUGAGCAGAGGGCGCAGAUCAACGGGAUAUGUGUUCUGUUUUGCAUUGUGGCUGUGGCGAGCGUCUUUUCACAGUUUUUACAGGGAUAUGCUUUUGCAAAAUCCGGAGAGCUGCUGACCCGUCGUCUAAGGAAAGUGGGCUUCCAGGCCAUGUUAAAACAGGAGGUUGGCUGGUUUGACGACCCCAUCAACAGCCCGGGAGCGCUGACCACCAGACUGGCCACUGAUGCAUCCAUGGUGCAGGGGGCAACUGGUUCUCAGAUUGGCAUGAUCGUCAACUCACUGACCAACAUUGGAGCGUCUUUCAUCAUUGCUUUCUACUUCAGCUGGAAGCUAACUUUGGUGAUUUUAUGCUUCCUGCCCCUCAUCGGGCUCUCGGGAGUGUUCCAAGCCAAAAUGCUGACAGGAUUUGCAAAUGAAGAUAAAAAGUCAAUGGAAGAAGCUGGUCGGGUAUCCAGUGAGGCUCUUGCGAACAUCAGGACGAUUGCAGGCUUGGCCAAAGAGAGCUCCUUCGUGGAAUCGUACGAGCAGAAGCUCGAGCUUCCAUAUAAAUCUGCCAAGAAGAAAGCCAACAUCUACGGGCUCUGUUUCGGUUUUGCCCAGUGUGUCAUCUUUAUGGCAUAUGCUGCUUCGUUCAGAUUUGGAGGCUAUCUGGUUAGCUCUGAAGGGUUACAAUAUAUGAUUGUUUUCAGAGUGAUCUCAGCUGUUGUGAUCAGUGGGACAGCACUGGGAAGGGCCUCCUCCUUCACUCCAGAUUACGCCAAAGCCAAAACUGCUGCCACUCAAUUUUUUAAACUCAUAGACAGAGUUCCUAAAAUCAGCACAAGCCAGACAGAAGGAGUGAAAUGGAAUUCAUUCAGAGGCGAUGUACAGUUCCUUAAUUGCAAGUUCACCUAUCCGACUCGGCCAGAUAUCCAGGUACUGAAGGGCCUGGUUGUGUCUGUGAAGCCGGGGCAGACUUUGGCGUUUGUUGGGAGCAGCGGUUGUGGGAAAAGCACCAGUGUCCAACUGUUGGAAAGAUUUUAUGAUCCCGAUGAAGGAAGAGUGUUGAUUGAUGGUCACCCGUCUCGUACAGUGAAUGUGCCCUUCCUUAGAUCUCAGAUUGGCAUUGUGUCCCAGGAGCCAGUGUUGUUUGACUGCAGCAUAGCAGAGAACAUACAGUAUGGGGAUAAUACUCGUACCGUCAGCAUGGAGGAGGUAGUGGAGGCCGCUAAGAAAGCCUUCCUCCAUGACUUUGUGAUGGCACUACCAGAUAAAUAUGAGACUCAAGUUGGCGCCCAGGGCUCCCAGCUGUCCAGAGGACAAAAACAACGCAUUGCCAUUGCUCGGGCCAUUGUCAGAAAUCCCAAAAUCCUGCUGCUUGAUGAAGCUACCUCUGCCCUGGACACAGAGAGUGAAAAGACUGUCCAGGCUGCACUGGAUGAGGCGAGAAAAGGUCGAACCUGCAUCGUCAUUGCUCACCGCCUGUCUACGAUACAGACCGCUGACAUCAUCGCUGUAAUGUCACAGGGAGUUGUGAUUGAACAAGGCACACAUGACACACUGAUGGCUAUGAGGGGGGCUUAUUACAAACUGGUCACCACAGGCGCUCCUGUCAGCUAGGCCCUACACAAAAGAUUUUAAGGGAAAUUAUUUACUUCUGAGUUAUAAAUUGGAUUAUUAGAAUUUAUUUCUUAUGUGCAAUUUGUAGGGAAUUUUCCCAGAAUUUCUUGUAAAUUCUUGUCAGGAAUACAAAAACUCGGGAAACCUUCAGUAAUUUGUCAAUAUUUUAAUUGGGAUUUUUGGAAAUAUUUAGGAAAUCUGCAUAAUUUUCCCCAAAAUGUUAGGAGAAUCUUUAUCAUGGGUAAUGUUUCCAGACACUUCUGUGAAUUUUUCCAUACUUUUGAGAAUUUUUUCACUAAAGUUGUUUAACAUUUCCAUUGAGAAAUUUGGGUUAUUUCCCCAGAAAAUGACAGAAAUUUACAGUUUCUACAUCAGAAAU